AUGCCCCGCAGAGACGAGGACGACGACGAAGAUGGAGGCACAGGCUUGUAUGUGUCGGAGCUAGCCGAGGACAGUCUGGAGGAGGGCAAUCCGUUUGCUACCCACAUUUCACAUUCUGAUGUCGGCGACGACCACGACGACGACAACGACGAAUCUGGCUCACACGAGGAGGGCAGCGACAGAGAGGACCAUUCUGACGGCGACGAAGAAGAAGAGUAUUCCGAGCAUGACGGCCGCUUCGACCUCAUUGACGACAUGGCCGCUGAUUCUUCCGAAGAGGAGUCGGAAGAGGACAAUGGUGGUGAGGACGACUCGGAAGACUCAUCCGACUCUGAUGAUGAUAAGAACGGCACCCGCCGGAUUCUAUUUCAAGACAAACGACGCAGCAAAAAACGCUCUCAGUUCAUCCCUCAAUUCAGCCGGCUCCCGCUCGAGCUCCAGCAGCUCAUCUGGAAGCAGUUUUGUCCAGACUUGUCCGAGAAGGCGCGCUUCUAUGAAUUCCAGAUUGUCGGCCAUUUGGUGCCCCAGAAUGGUACCCCUCCCGAGAUUUGGGAAACCGUCCAACUCGAACAGCAGACCAAGGCGGCCCGGACCGUGCUUGCCAUACACCACCAGAGCCGCAAGUUCGCCCUUCGCUACCUCCCCGAUGAGCUGGCUCUCCGGGGAGGCUGGGGCUCAGUCCGCUUUCACAGCCAGCGUGACGUGGUCUUUAUCGACCGUGUCGCCAGCGCCAUGUCUCGUCACUUCCCGCCAUGGCCCAUGCCCGUCAUUCCAGGAGUUACAGACAGGAUCCGCAACAUUGCCUUUGAAAAGGGUUUGUUUUUCUUGACGGGGGAUCCGAUGCUUCAGAGCUUUACUUGUGCCUUUCCAAAUCUACAGCAUGCUUUCUUUCUGGCAAAGUACAACCACUGCGAGGCAAGGAAUCUGCUCUGGUGCGCUGACCCGAGUGCGAACCACUACACCUUGACCAGCGAAGAGGAAGCAGAGAUACAGCACGGAAGAAGGGGACAUGAAACCAAGAACUUUGUCGAGUACCGCUGGGUUUGGCCCAAUGUCGAGAAGCGCGCUGCCGAAGCCAGGAGAGCAUCGGUCGCCGACGCCAGGCCCACUUCCGCCGACGACGUCAACGGGACCAGCAACACCAGAAGCCCGGGCGUAGUCGAGGAGGAGUUUCUCACCAUCACACCCGAGGAAAUCGCUUGUUAUGCGGCGGACGAUAUGCGCGGCUUGGACGACUCUGAUUCUGACUCGGACUCGGACGAAGAGGAGGAGCCGGGCACCUAUGUGCAGCGAGCGUGGAGUUUGGGCUUCAAGGUUUGGCCAGUGAUUGAGUUUUUUGACAAGAGAGGCGAGCGCGCUUUUCAAAAGCUGCUGCAGUGGAAUGAAGACGGGGCGACGGACGUGGCGUUCGACGACGAGGACUACUCCGACGAGGGGGAGGAGAUACCGGACGAGUACGAAAGUUCGGGGAUUGAUGAUUCAGAGAUUGAAUCGGAGGAUAGCGAUGAGGAUUCAGAUGAUCUGAAUAUUGUGGACGUUGACAAUAGCGACGGCAGCAACGAGGGGGAUUCUGAAGAUGACGGGGAAGGGGGUGGCAGCGUGGUAGACUCGGAUGAUGAGGGGGUCGAUGGGGACCGCCCGCUGAUUGAUCUGGCUGGAGAAGAUGGCAACGAACACGACGACGAGGUUUUCACUGGAUUUUCCAGCCCCGAACCGGAAUCAGUUACACUUCGCGCAUCCUCCAGCGUGGAGGAAGUGCCUGACACUGAAUCUGAUCAACAAGCAGUUAGAGCGAGGCUCAAGCGCAGACGAAACAGAAUCAUGGAGUCUUCAGAUCUGGAAAAUGACUCAGACGACCACGAGGAUGACGUCCCUCGGCCGGCCAAACGACCCCGCCGUGUAGUGGACUCUGACUCUGACGACGAGAACGGGACCUCAGAAGAAGAAGAGGUGGUACCUCGGCCAACCAAGCGAGCCCGCCGGGUGGUGGACUCUGAUUCCGAGGAAGAGGACGGCAGUGCCGAAAAAGACGAGGACGAUGAGAUGCCUCAGCUUAUCAAACGAGCCCGCCGCGAUAGCACCGCUUUGCUUGUUCGCCCCGACGAUGACACGGAUCAGGAAGUGCGGAAAAUGAGGGCCAACAAACGGCUCCGAGCUGUUAUCUCGGACGACAGUGAGGAUGAUGACGAUGCCCACCACAACAGCAGCAAGGAAGAGGAAGGGGAAGAACAAGAAUCCGAUAGUCAAUCCUCCGAAGAGACCGACGAGUCUGAGUCAGAAGACGAAGAGAAUGAGCAAUUCAGCCGCUCCAGAAAGGCAACCUCAGCUCUUGCACAGAAGCUGGGGUUAACCGGCGGGAGGGGUCGAAUUCCCAUGCCACCUUCUGAUUCUGAGGAUGAUGAGGAUGAUGACGACGACAUUGAGCGCAAGAGAGGGGAUGAUUACGACGUUGGCAAUUACGAGGUCUUUGAGGAUGACGAUGAGGAUAUGGAGGUGAACCGGGAUGGGGAGGAUGAGGAGGAGAUAUUUGGGGGAGAUGAUUAUGACGAGGACGAGGAAGAUUACUAG